AUGGCGACCUCCUCGGUGUCUCGCUAUUUUCGGAUAAUGGGCUCUAUUCCUCUCCGAAAAAUGGUGUCAAUGAACCAGACAAGUUAUAUACAUGUUGAUCAUAUGACAUGCAUACGAAGAAAAGCUCAGCAUUUGUCAACAACGAAGCAAUCUUUACGCAAGACUGAGAAAACGAACGACAUUUGCUCUCAAAUUGCACCACGUGCUGAAAAGCAUUUCGAAGGAUGUAAAGUGAAACGAGUUACAGUGCAAAGUUUAUUAGAAAACAUAGGUUUCAAAGUGGAAAAAAAGAACGCCAGGACUGACGUGACAAAAUUGUCAGUUGAGAAAGUAAAGAAAAUUUUAAGCUUCCUAGACGAAAUUGGGAUUGAGCAUCAAGAUAAAGAGAAAAUAAUUUCUCGAAGACCAGGUAUUUUGACAGCAAAGGAGAAUUUGCUGAGGAUGCGAGUAGAAGCCAUGAAAAAGGCUGGAAUCUAUCCCGAAUCUGUGGCUUAUGUUGUUAGGGAGUCGCCUGGCGUGUUGACAGGAAGGACAGAAAUAUCAUUGCCAAAUAAGGUAAUGGCUCAGUCCCGGUUGGGCGGGGGGGCAUGGCGGGGGUACUUCCUUAUAAGAGACUAAAAGGGAUAUGCCGCUGGAUGGGGUUACAUUUUCAUUACUGGAUUGACCAUAAUGGAGUCACAUUUUCAAUAGAGUUACUACAAUGGGGUCACACAUUUUCAGAUUUUUGGGGCAAGUCAGUUCUUCAUAUUUACGGUUAGCAAACGUACCAGAAUGGGCUGUUGCAUUAAAUAUCUGUCCCCCCUCCCAUUUGAGGACUUACCUUUUCUUCUUACCACUGAAGAUUGGCUAAAAUUGCAUUCACCCCCGAAGACUUCCAUAAAAAAUGUGGGCUUACCCCUGAAGAAUAUGGGUUUAUGCCUGAAGAGUUCCAUGAAAAUUAAAGCUUCACACCCAAAGAAUUCCAUAUUCUUUUACUCUACCCCUAAGGAAAUCCUCAAUUUCUGUAACUUAACCCUGGAGAAUUCCAUGUUUCCUCAACCGGAAGGGUGCGGAUAUUAAAAUGUAAUAGCCCAAUGUUUGUAAAGCUGCAAAUGCUCCAUGGUGGGGCUUAAAAAUAGGUUACAAAUGUCCCACCCUGGGAUAAACAAAUUGCAUUUUCCAGCUUGGCAAUUUGUCUUAUAUCUUAUGUUCACUAUGUGUACUAUGCUACUUAGAAUAUAAAAAGAACUUAAGUAACAACAUCAAACUACAAUAUCAUAACUUAGAAAUUGCAUGCAAUAAAUUAUCUUCCAUAAAGUAAAUAUGUCCAUACAUCCUCUUGGAAGAGACCCCCUGUGGUUCUAUUCUGGUAAGCGACCACCAGCUCCCAUAAGUGGCCACUAAGUCUUUGCAUUUUAGGUGGUGGCUUAUGAGGUUUGACUGUAUUUAUAACCUGUUCCACAGUCAGACUGAGGCAUUACAUUUUGAGAGGCAUACGAAUUCAAGUCAACAUUUUCGAUCCCACCCCUCUGAUAUGUUGUUGAAUUUCCCACCCAUACAUCAAGCACAGUUAUAAAAAUGUACCUCAGUGUAUACAGUAUACAGGUAGUUUUUAUUACAUUAUAAACUUUUAUUGAUGCUUUCAUUACUCUUUUCCUAGGUAAAAUUUUUUGAGAGCGUGAAAGUCAAACCAAAGUUUACCACUGAUGAAAUACUUCAUGUACUGACCAAGUGCCCUCACCUCAUCGCCAGUUACACCGUUAAGUCUCUGGAAGAAAAAAUCCAGCUGUUUGAGAAAGAACUGAAAUUUAACAAGCAUCAUAUAAAGAAUUUAAUCCUUAAACAGCCUUCUGUUUUGACAUUUAGUGAAGAAGCAAUCCUUAAAAAAUACAAUUACUGCUUUGAGAACAUGAAUUUGAGCCCAUCCAGCAUUGCGCGCUGCCCUCGGGUGUUUCAAUGUUCUCUGAAGCAAAUAAGAGAAAGGCACCAGUUUUUGAAACAUGUGGGUCGCAUUACAGAUGAGAUGAGGAUCGAUGAUUAUGGACUAGGUCUUAUCGUCACAACCUCAGAUAAACAGUUUGUGGAAAAGGUUGCAAAGACAUCGAUGGAGGAUUUUAAAUCCUUUAUAAACAAUAUUGACUCGAUCAUCAGCUGUGCCAAUGAAAUUGAGUUAAAUGGUAAACAAUAUAAAGAAGGGAAGACUGAGGGAAAUGAACCUAUAUAA